AUGCCGAAGAACAGCAAGGUGACCCAGCGGGAGCACAGCAGCGAGCAUGUCACGGAGUCGGUGGCCGACCUGCUGGCCCUCGAGGAGCCCGUGGACUACAAGCAGAGUGUCCUGAAUGUGGCGGGCGGGCCGGGCGGCAAGCAGGAGGCGGCUGAGGAGGAGCUGGACGCCGAGGACCGGCCGGCCUGGAACAGCAAGCUGCAGUACAUCCUGGCCCAGAUCGGCUUCUCCGUGGGCCUCGGCAACAUCUGGAGGUUCCCCUACCUGUGCCAGAAGAAUGGAGGCGGUGCCUACCUGGUGCCCUACCUGGUGCUGCUGAUCAUCAUCGGGAUCCCGCUCUUCUUCCUGGAGCUGGCCGUGGGCCAGAGGAUCCGCCGGGGCAGCAUUGGCGUGUGGCACUACGUGUGUCCCCGCCUCGGGGGCAUCGGCUUCUCCAGCUGCAUCGUCUGCCUCUUUGUUGGACUGUAUUAUAAUGUGAUCAUUGGGUGGAGCAUCUUCUACUUCUUCAAGUCCUUCCAGUACCCACUGCCCUGGAGCGAGUGUCCUGUUGUGAGGAAUGGGACUGUGGCAGUGGUGGAGGCGGAGUGUGAAAAGAGCUCGGCCACUACCUACUUCUGGUACCGGGAGGCCUUGGACAUCUCCAACUCCAUCUCGGAGAGCGGAGGCCUCAACUGGAAGAUGACCCUGUGCCUCCUCGUGGCCUGGACCGUCGUGGGCAUGGCUGUUGUCAAGGGGAUCCAAUCCUCAGGGAAGGUGAUGUACUUCAGCUCCCUCUUCCCCUACGUGGUGUUGGCCUGCUUCCUGGUCCGGGGGCUGCUGCUGCGAGGGGCCGUGGAUGGCAUCCUGCACAUGUUCACUCCCAAGCUGGACAAGAUGCUGGACCCGCAGGUGUGGCGGGAGGCGGCCACCCAGGUCUUCUUUGCGCUGGGGCUGGGUUUCGGGGGCGUGAUCGCCUUCUCCAGCUACAACAAGCAGGACAACAACUGCCACUUCGACGCCGCCCUGGUGUCCUUGAUCAACUUCUUCACCUCGGUGCUGGCCACGCUCGUGGUGUUCGCUGUGCUGGGCUUCAAGGCCAACAUCAUGAAUGAGAAAUGUGUGGUUGAGAAUGCGGAGAAGAUCCUGGGGUACCUCCACACCAACGUCCUGAGCCAGGACCUCAUCCCUCCCCACGUGAAUUUCUCCCACCUGACCACCAAGGACUACUCGGAGAUGUACAAGGUCAUCCGGACGGUGAAGGAGGGCCACUUCUCAGCCCUGGGCCUCGACCCCUGCCUGCUGGAGGACGAGCUGGACAAGUCCGUGCAGGGCACAGGCCUGGCCUUCAUCGCCUUCACCGAGGCCAUGACCCACUUCCCCGCCUCCCCGUUCUGGUCCGUCAUGUUCUUCCUGAUGCUCAUCAACCUGGGCCUGGGCAGCAUGAUCGGGACCAUGGCGGGCAUCACCACGCCCAUCAUCGACACCUUCAAGGUGCCCAAGGAGAUGUUCACAGUGGGCUGCUGUGUCUUUGCAUUCUUCGUGGGGCUGUUGUUCGUCCAGCGUUCCGGAAACUACUUUGUCACCAUGUUUGAUGACUACUCGGCCACCCUGCCGCUCACGGUCAUCGUCAUCCUUGAGAAUAUCGCUGUGGCCUGGAUCUAUGGGACCAAGAAGUUCAUGCAGGAGCUGACGGAGAUGCUGGGCUUCCGACCCUACCGCUUCUAUUACUACAUGUGGAAGUUCGUGUCUCCACUGUGCAUGGCCGUGCUCACCACGGCCAGCAUCAUCCAGCUGGGGGUCACGCCCCCGGGCUACAGCGCCUGGAUCAAAGAGGAGGCUGCCGAGCGCUACCUGUAUUUCCCUAACUGGGCCAUGGCGCUCCUGGUCACGCUCAUCGUGGUCGCCAUCCUGCCCAUCCCGGUGGUGUUCUUCCUGAGGCACUGCCACCUGCUCUCCGACGGCUCCAACACCCUCUCCGUGUCCUACAAGAAAGGGCGCAUGAUGAAGGACAUCUCCAACCUGGAGGACAAUGACGAGACCCGCUUCAUCCUCAGCAAGGUGCCCAGCGAGGCGCCCUCCCCCAUGCCCACCCACCGCUCCUACCUGGGGCCCGGCGGCACGUCGCCGCUGGAGCCCAGUGGCAACCCCAAUGGACGCUAUGGGAGCGGCUACCUCCUGGCCAGCACCCCGGAGUCGGAGCUGUGACCACCGUCCCCACCCCUGCCAGCCUCUCCCACACCCAGCCAGCCCCCGUCCCAGCCUGGCCACU